AUGAGCGGCAAGCGAAAGGUGUCGUAUUUCUACGACCCCGACAUCGGACAGUUUUACUACGGCCAGGGGCACCCGAUGAAGCCCCACCGCGUGGCCAUGGCGCACAGCCUGGUGCUCCAGUACGGCCUUCACACCCAGAUGGAGAUGUUCCGGCCCCGUCGCGCAGAGGCGGAGGACAUGCACCAGUUCCACACCGAGGACUACGUGUCCUUCCUGCGCACCGUCACCCCCGACAACGUGGGCGCGCACCAGGCCGCACUCCGCGAGUACAACAUGUACGAGGACUGCCCCGUCUUCUCCGGGCUGUGGGAGUACUGCCGCAUCUCCGCCGGCGGGUCCAUCGCCGCCGCCGCACAGCUCAACGCCGGCGCCUCCGACAUCGCCAUCAACUGGGCCGGCGGCCUGCACCACGCCAAGAAGUUCGAGGCCUCCGGCUUCUGCUACGUCAACGACAUCGUCCUCGCCAUCCUGGAGCUGCUCAAGUACCACUCGAGGGUGUUGUACGUGGACAUCGAUGUGCACCACGGCGACGGCGUGGAGGAGGCCUUCCUGACCACGGACCGCGUGAUGACCCUGUCCUUCCACAAGUUUGGGGACGGCUUCUUCCCAGGCACCGGCGACGUGGUGAACGUGGGGCAUGGCCAGGGCAAGUACUACGCGUUGAACGUGCCGCUGCGGGACGGCAUCACCGACGAGACCUACCAGGCCCUGUUCCGGCCCAUCCUGGCCAAGGUCAUGGAGGUGUACCGCCCGGAGGCCGUGGUACUGCAGUGUGGCUCGGACUCCCUGGCCGGCGAUCGGCUGGGCGUGUUCAAUCUUUCUUCAGCAGGCCACGCGGCCUGCGUGGAGUAUGUGCGUUCCCUGGGGGUCCCCCUGCUCCUCCUCGGCGGCGGCGGCUACAAGAUCGUCAAUGUCUCGCGCUGCUGGGCCAAGGAGACGGGUGUGGCCCUGGGCCUGGACCUGCCGGAGGCCCUGCCCCCCACCGAGUACUACGAGUACUACGCGCCAGCCUACCAACUGACUGUCCCUGCCAAGAGCGAGGGGUUCCCUAACAAAAACACGCCCGAGCAUCUGCAGGCGCUGCAGGAACAGGCCACCCGAGGGUCUUCCCGGAGCGACGGCGACGGCAACUGGAUGAUGGAUGGAGGGCUGCAGGGGGAGCACAGCUGGAGGGACGAGGCACUGGCGCAUGCACGGCCCCAGAUGGGCAUGCGGCCCGCUCCCCACGCCGCGGAUGUCGACGUGGACGCGAGCUGA